UUUUGGGUUGUGAGUUUUUUUUUUUUCUCCUCUUACCUGACUUCGGUGCACUUUCCACUCCUCUACUCCCCUUACCUGCACCAACCUCUUUUCUAUAAAAGCAUCCACUAGGUCCUUAUUUGCUAGGAUAUGCAACUUUUGUGAUUUCAACUAAUGAAUAGAACUCCAACUACAUCCGAAACCAACAGCGCCAAGUCAACUACCCAAGCAGUGUUCAACUACGCAGAAGCUGCAAAGCGAAGCUCUCAGAUUCAGGAUCAACGUUCUUCUAGCACAACAGCCAAUAACAACAACACCGCCGUUUCUUCGUCCACUUCGUCAUCCUCGUCUUCCGCAUCUCCUUCUAACAACAACAGCAACAACAAUAAUGAUGACAAAAAAGGCAACAGCAGUGCAAAAACAAACGGUGGUGGUAGUACUGCAUCAGUAAAUGGUGGUAGUAACAAUACAGCAUCCGCAGUGAAUCCACAGCAACCCUCAUUUGCAUCGACAUUGGCCAACAGCACAUCCGCCUCCAAUUCGUAUCCUUUUUUUUUAAAUUUACCAAGACUAACUUUCUAUAUCUCAAAUAAGUGUGGGUGUGUGGGUGGGUGUUUUGGAAGGAAGAGAGACACGGCAGGAAAGUAAGGUUAGGAGGGGUGGAGGGUGAUGUCGCCCUUAUCGCACUCACACACACACACCCUUGCUAACAACGGUCGCUAGUGGCGUAAAUGAUUUCAUUCAUGCGCUUCCUGGGGAUGAUAAAGGGGACUCUUAAAUGUAUAUAUUAUAUAUCACCUUAACCAUCAUGCAUUACAUCACUGUUUUUCCACAAAAGUAGCCCGCCAAGCAAGCCGGCAUCUCCAGCCACAAAGAACAACGCUCGGAAUGCGUCUGUACAGCUGCCUAGAGCUCCACCAACGGAUGCUGCACCCAUUCAGUUUGGGUCGAUCAACCAAGGCACGG